UCCGCUCCGCCCGGCGCUGUCCCCGACCUCGGACCCGAGAGAGGCGCCCCCACGCCGGGCGGUCCGCAGCCCUGGCCCGUGUCAGCACCCUCCCCUCCCGCGGGCAUAGACCCAGGCCGGGGUGGGGGCUGCUAGCAUGGUGCAGUCAGAAUUUGCAUGAAAAAAGCAGUGUCGCUGAUAAAUGCAAUAGAUAUAGGAAGAUUUCCACGAUUGCUCACCCGAAUUCUUCAAAAACUGCACCUGAAGGCUGAGAACAGUUUCAGUGAAGAAGAGGAAGAAAAACUUCAAGCUGCAUUUUCUCUAGAGAAACAAGAUCUUCACCUAGUUCUUGAAACAAUAUCAUUCAUUUUAGAACAGGCAGUAUAUCACAAUGUGAAGCCUGCAGCUUUCCAGCAGCAGUUAGAGAACAUUCAUCUUGCACAAGACAAAGCAGAAGCAUUUGUCAAUACUUGGUCUUCCAUGGGUCAAGAAACAGUCGAAAAAUUCAGGCAGAGGAUUCUCGCUCCCCACAAGCUAGAGACGGUUGGAUGGCAGCUUAACCUUCAGAUGGCCCACUCUGCUCAAGCAAAACUAAAAUCUCCUCAAGCUGUAUUACAGCUAGGAGUGAGCAAUGAAGAUUCAAAGAAUCUGGAGAAAGUUCUUGUGGAAUUCAAUCACAAGGAGUUGUUUGAUUUCUAUAACAAGCUAGAGACCAUCCAGGCACAGCUGGAUUCUCUUACCUGAUGUUCCUGAAGACUGCUUUCCCCAUCACACUCCUGCCACUUCAUCAUUUUGCUUUGAAGACAGACUGCCAGGUUGUGUUUUAUGAAGGAUUCAGUAGUUUUCUUCUUGUAAAUUAUAUGGUUUAUCACUUCUUAGACAAAUAGUAGCUAAAGGAAAUAAUUUUCUGAGGACUAAGAUUCUAAUAUACAUUCUCUAGUUCCAUGAGCCAACAGCAAGCAAGCAAUUGUUAAGAAUACUCUUGCUUUCAAAAAAACAAAAGUGAACACCAUAUUGUUUUUACUGCCCUAUUUUUUCUUUAUUGCCCACAUGCAUUUUUUACAUACUUGAUGAUACCUAUAGGUAUCAAGGAGGGUCCAUGGAUAUAAAGUAUACUGUGUACCGUAGAAUACAGAACUCAACAAUUACAUUGAUAAAAAUAAGAAAGCCGCCCCAUGCAAUCAAUACAUUACAGUAUUUUUCCUGAAUAGAAUGAGUAUACUUUGCUUUGUAAAUAAUAUAGGAAAGAAAUUAAAAAUAGAGCUGGUAGUAGUUAUCCAGAGAUUCCAGUGUGAGCUUCUCUACACACUUUUACUUUUUCUCUGAGUUUAAUGAUUUAAUAACAGUUCUUUCUACUGCAGAUAGUAGAACUAAUUAUUCAUUUAAUAAUGAUUCAUUUCAUAAUGUGGGAGACAGAUUCAGAUCAUGAAGAAAAAGAAUUGUAAUGAGUGCUGAAGGGGUAUCCUUAAAAUUUCAAAACAGCUUUUACAUUCUUUUUCUGUAAAUAUGUUAAUUCAUUUCAUUCAAUAAAAUGUUUGUCUCAGAAGUAGUUGAA